CUAGGAACUCUUUACCUUUUUUUAAACAAACAAAAACAAGUCAAAACUAUUCUGGCUAAAUUAGUAAUUUUUGAAACUUUAAUGAGGUUUAAUUUAAUUAAACCGUUAUUUAAUGUUAGGACAGGAGUAUCUAAGUGUUCUGUGGCUAAGACAUUCUUGUAUUUACAGAUUGUAUCAUUUAUGAUCCGGCCUGUUCUAUCCGCAAUGGGCAUUCACUAUAAAUGUCGUUCCCCAAUAUAUCCUCGGUCAAAUGUUGAAAGAUUUCCUGUACCUGAUGAAAAAGUGCCAUGGUCUUCUGAAUUUAAGGAAUAUAAACCAUCUAAUUAUACUUCACCUACUAUUGAAGGCAAACCGUGGGCAGAUAGGGAAAUAGGUAACCCUGCCUUCACACCAAAAUGGAAUGAUAUAGAUGGAAAUGUCAAUAGAAAAAGUUAUAUGGGUAUAUAUCAGAUUAAGGACAGCUUUCCACUAAAUCCAGUAGGCAGGACUGGUAUCUGUGGUAGAGGAGUGCUUGGCCGUUGGGGACCUAACCAUGCCGCUGAUCCUGUCGUCACUCGGUGGAAAAAAUUAGAUAACAAAGAGUCUGUUCUACAAUUUAUAGCAAUCAAAAGAAGAGACACAGGAGAGUGGGCACUUCCGGGAGGAAUGGUGGACCCUGGGGAGAAAGUUGCAGCCACUGCCAUCAGGGAAUUCCAAGAAGAAGCCAUGAAUUCAUUUGAGGCAACUGAAGAUGAAAAAGACCAAUGGAAAGAGAAAUUCCACAAUUUCUUCAGUGAUGGCAUUGAAAUUUACAGUGGAUAUGUAGAUGAUCCUCGAAACACUGACAAUGCUUGGAUGGAAACAGUGGCCUAUAACUUCCAUGAUGAAACAGGUUUAAUAGUAGGAGCAUUCAAUCUUAAAGCUGGCGAUGACGCUGUCGGUGUACGAUGGGUGGACAUUACAGCUGAUUUAAACCUCUAUGCAAGCCAUAAAGACAUAGUCAAUGCAGUACUUAAAAAACAUACAGAAAAAUAAGUGAAUUGUAAUAUAGAGUGUGACUUGAUAUUGUGAAAUGCUUUAUGAAAAUAAAAAACGUAUUUAUGAUA